AUGGAUAUAAGUGAAAAUGAGUUUGAUGAUGUACUUGACCAUGUAUUAGAUGCAACGGAUGGUAUUGGCCAAGAAUGGGAGGCCUUGAAUGAUGAGACGGUAUUGUCAUUGUUAUGGGUCAUAUGUAAAAAUACUAAUAAAAAACCACGACCUAGCACAAAAAGAAUCAAAAAGCGUGGUUGUAAAGGUUAUAUUCAAGCUACUCUUCCUAAAAAUUCAACAACAGUGAUUUACAACACUAUUUAA